AUGUUGUCGUUAGUAUCGUUCACGUCGUCUUUUCACGUCGCCGGUACGUUCGGUUCUUCUGCGACAACAACGAAUACGAAAACGGUGAGAAGAAGAUGUGUUUUACAUCAUCACCAUCAGCAGCGGGGAAGUGCUUUAACGACGACGGAUGAUGAUGAUGUCAGUGAUGAUUACGAAAGCAGCGGCAAGAAGAAGAACAAAAGUGGUUUAAACACGCGUCGAGAGAUGAUGUUGACACUCGGUGUGUCGUCGUUCGUCCUUACCGGAGGAUUAGGAGGAAAAGAUGAGAAUAAAGCGCAAGCGUUCACCAGACCUCCACCUGGGUUCGACUUGUUCAUCGAUACCAUCGACGGGUACGAGUUUUUACGACCUUCGUCCUGGGUGGAAGUGAAAGGAUCCGGGAACGACAUUUUUUACCGCAACCCGAGGAACGUGGAGGAGAACUGCUUCGUGGCGAUUUCAUCGCCGUCGUCGAACGUGUACGCAUCAGUCAGAGACGUCGGGACGCCGGAGGAAACCGCGGAGAAGAUAUUGAAGCAGACGCUGAUCGAGUUGACGAGCACGCGGUUGGGCAUCAUUCGGGAGAGCGAAGUGGUCAGCGCGAAGGAGGAUUUAGAUAAAGACGGGACGGCUUUUUACGACAUCACGCUGAGGAUUAAAUCAUACGCGGCGAAGAAUCAGUACGGGUUGACGCCGGAAGAUAGGCCGCAAACGUUAGAGUGGGAUCGGACGUUUUAUUCCCGGUUAGGGACGGAGAACGGAAGGCUGUACGAGUUGAGGAUGCAAUCGCCUUCGGCGGAGUUUGAGGAGAGUAAGGAGCAAUAUUUAGCGGGGAUGGGGAAGAGUUUUCGGCCGUUUGAGGUGGAUACGCCGCCGCCGAGCGUAGGGAAACAGCUCGGGUUGAACUUUAUAUAA